CGCUCGAUAUUGCAAAUGGAACUGCCCAAAAAAAGUCGAAGAGAAAAAAGUGAAAGCGAAACCACCCGCGGUCGGGUGGUAGAGGGCGCAGGAGCCCGCGCACGCAUGCGUAGCUGCCACAGCGCGGCGUCCCAGUCACUUGCUCGCUGGCUGUCGUGGAGAGCAGACGUGCGCUCGGUUGCUCCGCAGUCCCUGCUCCCGCUCAGUUUCUGACUGGCUCUCGGAUGGACCAGUCGCACUGUUGCCGCGGUAAAAGAGGUGAGUGAUUUGCCAAUGUUUACACGUUGUUUUACCACGCUCCUUUUCUCGCAUGUUUGCCGUGCCUCGUACGGGCAUGUUUAGACUGUUUUAGCGGUGACUAACGAGUGAUUUGCCAAUGUUUGCACGUUGUUUGACCGGGUUCGUGUUAAGCCUCUUCUCGCAUGUUUGCCGUGCCCCGCACGCGCAUGUUUAGACUUGUUUAGCAGUGAGCAAGCAGUUUGUUCGUGUUGACGCAUGUUUAGCGAUGUGUGCCAAGUGGUUCCCGCCCUGUGUUAGCUGCCUAGUUGACGCUGCGGUUAGGCGUAACCGAUCGCCCCCCUAAGCCUUUUCCCCGAUGUGUACUGUUUUCUCCGUGCUGUUUAGCAGAAGAGGUUAGACCUUUUCUCUCGCACGCCUAGACUUGUUUAGCAGUGUUGCGAUUUUUACCUGCCGCUAGCAUCUUGUUCUCUCUCUUUCUCGCAUAGAGCUAUGAUUGUGGCGCCAUUUGGUGUAAUGCCUUGCAGCUAAGUGGCCACCUCUCGUCGAUCUCUGCAACUGUCCAUCGCCAACUACCAACAUGGCGGGCGCUAGUCACUCGGGCGUUCCGGAGCGGUUUCUUCGCCACUGCGUCGUUGAUUUUUGAAUAAAUUGUUUGUCUCCACUAUUUCUAUCUAUUUUUCUUCUUUUUUUCUUUUUUAUGGACACACGUUGCCGCCAACUCACAGCUUGGUCUGGACACCAGUUAGAUGUUCCCCAAUUAGUGAGUGUGGUGACACCCUGGAGGGUGCUCAUUAAUGUGGGGGGUCCCAAUUAGCUCUAAUUGUUAAUUAAAUCGUGUUUAAACAAAGUUGUCAGUUGGCGGCAGUCUGUGUCCACUCAUAACUACUUUCGACAACGCGAUACAGUCAGCAAAGCUCCUUCUGCGCAAAGGUCUGUCAACGCUCGUGGUGGCGACUAUAAAGAAUUUCCUGAACGUUCUCUAAAACGGCCACAUGUCCGUGUCGCAGGACGGCGGGUAUACCUAAAGGGAGACUUCACAACCAAGCGGAUGUCAAGCUUGUUGUAUUCAUCUACACGAACAGAACAAAGUUGUUAUACAUCUCAGCUGGAAACGAAGGGUUCCCCCUUCGUUUUCGAUCUCAAAUUUCAAAAGUUGUGAAAACUGUUUUUGAAAUUUAAGAAAGGCUAGCUUCUACAAGGGAGCGUUUUUGGAGGUACUUCUGCAAGUCCUGUGCUGUUUUCUGGCUCAUAGAAGUCGUUUCUUACCAUCAGAGUCUGAGUAAUCGUAUCUCAAAUAUUUGUCCAUGGUGUUGUUUCCGGAAUGUAACACGGCAGUUGCGACCCGCGUGGUAUACUGCUUGUACACAGUAUACCACGGUAUCACACACUGUAUACCGUGCACUACAGGUACGUGUCAGUGGCCUUGGGAAGAAGACAUUUCUGGGAUCUCCUCUCCACCUUCCUGUUUCGUAUGAAUUCCAUCCUAAUUUGAAGCAGAAUUUCACACAUGAGGAAUAGAGUUUUUGGUAAGAAGGCAAGUGCCUCAGGACGAGGGUCGCCAAUAUUCCAGACAGUGAUUGUUGAUGCUUUUUGUGUGUGACAGUGUGUGUCCGAAGUAUCGGGGGCUCUCGUCCUGAGCACCCUCCCUUCAUAUUUCCUUAUCGAUUCGCAGGAAUCCUACCCACCAGAUUUCAUGGCAUGUAUACAGCGGAUAGUAUGCACCAAGUAUUCCGAACUCUCCCUUUAAGCCUCACAACAUACUACUGUGUUUGUGAAAUACAAAUCGAAGCUAUUUCAUUCAGAUCUUCGAUUACUUUCAAUUCCUAAUUUCAAUUUGAAAUGCAGAAAACGUUACCUAGAGCUUGCCGAGCCUGUUUGGGUCAGGCAAGAUGUGCCUAGCCAAGUGAAUUGCUGGCGGAACUUCAGACUUCAACGGCUGUCUCUGCCGGAGCUUUCUAGUGCAGAAAUACGUGAUUCUUCGAUUGUGUUCGAUAGAGUGUCGUGAUAUCUUCAUUGAGUCCUUCACUGUGUCUUCAUGGUUUCAAUGUACUGACUUGUUUCAGGCAAACGCAACACAGGAACAGGACCCUGUGGAGGACGCUUGCAGCCCGACAUCUACUACGACCCUCCCUUUUCCUACCACGCUAUUCAACAAUCUAUGUGGAGCAACAACGUGUUGAGGAUAGCGAAGACGGGUGGAUGUGAUGCCGGCCACCUUGAUCCGUGCUACCAAGAUCUCAUCCCUAGAUAUAAGGACGACUUGAAUAAAAGCCUAUGCCACACAACGGCAGACACGCAAACGGCGCCUAUAUUUUCAGGAGCAGUGGGAUUCGACGUAGAUAAAUUCUGUGAGGCGAAGGCUGCCCUGCAAGGAAAAAAAGCUGGCAGAGGCUCCACAGUGACCGAAUCGUGCACCACGUCGUGUGGGUUUCCGGACUACGCGUAUCAAAUCCUCUUCCUUGGUUCAUGCAAGGCGCCGCAGACAUCCGCAUGCUUCGACGACGACUAUGUGGUACGUGCACUUUUAUUUUCUAAUUGGACAACCAACUUUAUUAGGUACGCCAUGACCGGAUGGAUGGACAGAAAGCACCAGAAUCUUUCGUGAAAACUGGCUGCACCAUUCGGCAUUUCGUCAAACACUCUUCAAUGCUGUAUGGUGGCACUAUAGGACAUUGAUGCCACAAUAUUAAAUGAAGUGCCAAAGACAACCCAAAUGACGCACGCUUAGACACAGACAGACACUACGCUGACACCUAGCUUCUUGAUGUCUAGAGAGAAGUGCUUGUUUCAUCUCCGGUGACGCAGCUUGCAGCUCGUGCACCCGUUUCAAGCGUCUGAAAAACGUCAUCCCUUCCAGAGCUCGCUCUGUCCUUCAAUUUCAUUCGACUAGUAUACCUUCAAAACAUAUCUACAUAUAGAGGUGAUGAAUAUGUAACACAACCCUCAGGAUAGCCUAAAAUGUCUUGCACUCGUGCGCUACCACGCUCCUGGCUCUGUUAAAAGUGGUUGUGCUACGAUAAAUGGCAAGUACUCGUAUAAUUCGAGCCCUGACUUCCACCUGUUUUGGAUCAAACCUCCAGGACGACAGGGCACUUCAACAUCAAGA